ACUGCUUCACUGUAUUAACCGUGUCACGUGUUCGAAACUUAUUGAACUAAUGCACAUUGUCCUCUGACGGUUUCCCCAUUUCUUCCUCACCUGUCCCGUGAGUCACCUGUCCCGUGCGUCACCCCUUUACUCGGAAGGACGAUGUCCAACAUAUGUUUCCUACCUGCCGGAUGCUGCUGCUCUCCGUAAACUCCUCAGUGGAAGUUACACACAAGGAAGCGAGGAGGAGAAUGAAUCACAUAAGCGGAAUGUAGCUACGUGGUUCGUUUGAUGUUUUGGAAAGUAUUACAGAAUUUUAAAAAGACGUAAUGUCACAGAGGAAGAAGAAUAUGUUUUCCUUUCCGCGGUCAGUGAGCGACCUCCCUCCUGAGAACAUCCACAUCUCCUCUCUGCCUCACAGUGUUCCCACAGAUCAGGAGCCACAACAAACUGGAGGACAAGCUGCUGACAUGGAGGGAGAGAAAGUAGUGAUCCAAACCACACACACUCACAGAGUGUCCGCCCCCUCCAUCUUCCUCCAAGAACAGAAUAAUGAGCCUCUUUCGAGUACUUAUUUUGAACAGAGGCUCCCUGUUCCUGAGGAGGACAGCGAGAGGGUGUUUAGUUUCCGUAAGCUGUGGGCCUUCACUGGGCCGGGGUUUCUGAUGAGCAUAGCCUACCUGGACCCUGGUAACAUCGAGUCUGACCUGCAGUCUGGUGCUAAAGCUGGCUUCAAGCUCCUCUGGGUGCUGCUGGCCGCCACCAUCAUCGGGCUGUUGCUGCAGCGGCUGGCGGCUCGGCUCGGCGUCGUCACCGGGAUGCACCUGGCCGAAGUCUGCAACCGCCAAUACCGCACGGUGCCUCGUAUCAUCCUGUGGUUGAUGGUGGAGCUGGCGAUCAUCGGCUCAGACAUGCAGGAGGUCAUCGGCUGCGCCAUCGCUUUCAACCUUCUUUCCUCCGGCAGAAUCCCCUUGUGGGCUGGCGUCCUCAUCACAAUAAUCGACACGUUUGUUUUCCUCUUCUUAGACAAGUAUGGCCUCAGGAAGCUGGAAGCCUUUUUCGGUGUGCUCAUCAGCGUCAUGGCCAUCACCUUUGGAUAUGAGUAUGUGACGGUGAGUCCAGACCAAGGCGAGCUGCUGAAGGGGAUGUUCAUGCCGUACUGCGAGGGCUGCGGGCCCGUGCAGCUGAGUCAGGCCGUGGGCAUUGUGGGAGCCGUCAUCAUGCCUCACAACAUUUACCUCCACUCUGCUCUCGUCAAGUCUCGAGAAGUGGAUCGGUCGAACAGGAAAGAAGUGAGAGAGGCCAACAAAUAUUUCUUCAUUGAGGCGACCAUCGCGCUGUUUAUCUCUUUCCUCAUCAACGUGUUUGUGGUGGCUGUUUUUGCCGAGGCUUUCUAUGGACGCACAAACCAAGAGGUGUACAGCGUCUGCAAUCAAACAGGAAGUCCUCAUUCAAGUAUAUUCCCUUUGAACAAUGCAACUCUAGAGGUGAACCUCUACAGAGGGGGAGUGGUGCUCGGCUGUUUCUUUGGCCCGGCAGCGCUCUACAUCUGGGCCGUGGGGAUCCUUGCAGCUGGUCAGAGCUCCACCAUGACUGGAACGUACUCCGGCCAGUUUGUCAUGGAGGGUUUCUUGAACCUGCGAUGGUCGCGUUUCGCUCGGGUGUUUUUGACCCGCUCCAUAGCCAUCACUCCCACCCUGCUGGUGGCCAUCUUCCAGGACGUGCAGCACCUGACGGGCAUGAAUGACUUCCUCAACGUGCUGCAGAGCGUGCAGUUGCCAUUUGCCCUCAUUCCCAUCCUCACUUUUACCAGUCUGCCAUCUCUCAUGCAUGAGUUUGCCAACGGAUUAGUGUUUAAGAUCGGAGGGGGACUUGUGAUCUUGAUCGUGUGUGGCAUCAACAUGUACUUCGUCGUGGUCUUCGUGACCGAACUCAACAGUGUGUGGCUGUAUGUGCUGGCAGCAUUCGUCUGCAUAGCAUACCUGACAUUUGUGGGAUAUUUGGCGUGGUUGUGUCUGAUAGCUCUGGGAGUUUCCUGCCUGGAUCCGACCUCCACGAGAGAGAACGACACAACCAUCCUGAUAGAGCAGUGGCCAGAGGUUGACUCCUGAAUCACUUAUGGACCUUAUUUUUUUUUCUUCAAAAGUGCAGCUGUGAGCAACCCGACGUACCUGUUGCUGUCUUCUCUUCCAGCACAUUUCGUCUUUUUAAGUGCUAAUUUAUUAAUAAUAGAAGUUCAAAAAUAAAUGGAAUAAAUAUAUUGUUUAUGUCUGUAUCUUUGGUCACAGCCCAUAUACUAUUUUUUACAAAACAAGUAAGAUGAGUUUUGCCAACUUAACUGGUUUACAGUUGUGAAUGAGGUUUUACUGUAACGCUGGUUACAACUAGAGUUUUUCCUGAUUCGAUGUGAGGUCCUGGGACAGGGAUGUUGUAUGUGUACAGAUUGUAAAGCCCUCUGAGGCACAUUUGUAAUUUGUGAUAUUGGGCUAUACAAAAUAAACUGAAUUGAAUUGAACUUUCCAAACUAC